CAGUGCCGCAACAAACGCAUCUUUAUCUCGACGUGUCGUGUACCUCCAGCUGUUUCCCACUUGCUUAGAAUGAAAUCGUUUGCCGUAAUCUUCUGCUUCGCCCUGGCGGUGGCUUUGGCUGUGGCCGAUACCUGCUCCAAGCCAGAAGUCACUGCGUCCGCUUACGUUACCGAAGAUGCGACAGUUUUGACUAUGGUCGCCUUCACCACGCAAUUUACUCUCAAAUGUUCUAACGGAGUCAAGGGUAUUUCUCUGUAUGCCGAAGUCGAGGGCAAAUCACUGCCAGCUGUAAAGCUCAGCUCCGACAACAAGUACCAGGUUUCUUGGACUGAUGACAUCAAGAAGGCAAGAUCAGGUGAUUACAAUGUCAACCUUUAUGACGAAGAGAGCUAUUCAGCUAUCCGUAAGGCUAUCAGAAACGGAGAAGAUCCAAGCAGUAUCAAGCCCUUGGCUGUUGUGGUGCUGAAUAACCCAGGAGUUUACACUGGACCCUGGAUCAACUCUGAACUGUUAGCUGCCCUCCUUGCUGCUCUCGUUUCAUAUGCGGCUUUUUUUGCUAAAUCUAAACUUUUAGUGUAAAAAAAAAAAAAAAAACUAGGCCUUUAUGUUUUGUAAAAAAAUUUUUUUAAGUAAAUUAUAAAUAACGUAUAAAUGACGAAAGUUUGUACGAGGCAAGAUCCUCUCAAAGAGAAUCUUAUGAAUAAAAAAACUUGUUAUACAAAAA